AUGGAUGGUACUAAACUACCAGUUAAGCCAUGUGUACGUAAAAAAUUGCGUCAUAUAUUAACAAAGCAACCAACUGAUGUUGUCACCAGCACAAAGACCACCACCAACUCAAAUGUGCCACUUGUCAUGGUAUUUUAUUUCGAGGAAGAAGACAUUCCAAAUGAUCCUCGGCGGCCUCAUGUUCCCAAAAUAAUUAAUGAAGAUACAACAAACAAUUUGGAUAAACCACAUAAUCUACCAUCAGAUAAACAAUCAUUAAAUAAGCAACCACUAGGCGAACAAUCAUUAAAUCGUCAACCAUCAGGUGAACGAUCAUUAAAUGAUCAACAAUUAGGUGCUGAAUCAUUAAAUGAUCAAGCAUUAAAUAAUCAAGCAUUAAAUAAUCAAAUGGAAACUAUGGCACUAAUAAAUGAUUCACCACCAUUAACUACAAAUCAACAAAUUAUAAAUGAUAGAUCACCUUUUAAAGAGAAUAAAUUAUUAAAUACAUUCAAACCAUCAGUAAGUGAUUACCAGAUAAACGUUGAUAAACCACCAUUUCGAAAUGAUUGUCCGAUACCAAAUUUACCGUCAUCAUCAACAGAUGUAGUUAUAAAUAUUACGGCAAAACAAGAUACUUUGUUUGACGAUGAUGAUGAUCUUGAAGAUGAUUAUAUGCGUGAAUUAAAGAAACAAAAUGAAACCACCAUGCAAAAUUAUGAUGAGAGAAUUGAUCGAUUUGAAAACAACUUGGAACGAAUAUGUCAUGAAUUAGAACAAGUGCAGCAUAAUUUACAUCAACUGAAGACUGAAAAACAACAAAAAAAAGAAGAGUUUUUAAAUCUUUUAAAUGAACAUCGGCGUCUUCUAAAAGCAAAAAACUCAAGAAUAUUACAUAUAAAACAACUUCAUAUAAUAACACAAGAUAAUACACCAACCAUUUUACAUCAUGAUCUUUGUAAUGAUGAGAAUAUUUUUCAUAAUUAUUUUCAACAAACAAUUAAAAUUAGUUUUUACAAUUACAAAAAAUGA